CCACACGCCACCGCCAUGGCCGCCGCCGUCUCAGCCCCAUCCCCGCUCGCCGGCGCGUCCCUCCGGACUCCCCUGCCCACGCGCCCACACUCCAUCAGUUUCGCCGCGCUCCCUCGGGCGGCGGCCCCUCGUCCUCUCACCCUGGGCGCACGCCCGGCGCGGCGCCUCGCGGCGGCGGCGUCCUCCGGCGGGGGCGCGGCGGGGCCGGACAUGCGGGAGACGCUGGACAAGGUGGUGGGGGCGCACAAGGUGGUGCUGUUCAUGAAGGGGACCAAGGACUUCCCGCAGUGCGGCUUCUCCCACACCGUCGUGCAGAUCCUGCGCUCGCUCGACGUGCCCUUCGAGACGCUCGACGUGCUCGCCAACGACGCGCUCAGACAGGGGCUCAAGGAGUACUCCAGCUGGCCCACCUUCCCGCAGCUCUACAUCGACGGCGAGUUCUUCGGAGGAUGCGACAUCACACUCGAAGCAUACAAGAGUGGGGAACUGCAGGAAACGCUAGAGAAAGCAAUGUGCUCGUAGUGAACGAUGGACUACAUGAGACAGCAACUCAUGCACGUUUCAGACAUGACAGAGAACUGGAGACGCAGUUCCUAAGCAGUACAAAAUUCAAAAUAUUAAGCAGUGAGAUACAAAUGUAAAAUGCACUUUGGGUGUGAUAAUUUUUGUGCAAUCUGUAUAAUGGUACAGUAUCAGUUCCUUGUACUGCUAGUCGAUCAACAGCUCUGUGUUGGCUAUCUGGUGUUAGCCACAUAUUGCUAGAAACAUCAUGAACUGAA